UUUCUGGUAUUGGAGCAGCUAAUGAGAAACACUGAACCAUUUUAGUAAAAGCAAAGGGGAAUUAGAUCAAGUUCUUGAUUAGAUUUUCUGUAAUGUUAUUUUGUAUGCAUAUGAACUGGGCUGGAGCUAAAUUUGAUCUUAAUAUUCAAAUAAAUGAGCAUAGUAUUUUGCUAGUAGUAGGCAUUUCACAAAUCUUUUUGCUCAGUGUUGAAUAAAGGCCAUUUAGGAGUAACUGUACUUACUGUUUUCUGGGAAAACAGCAAAAAACAUGCUGUCUAUAAACUUCACAUCUUGUGCUCUUACCCUCUUGAGGCAGGACUGUUCUAAGGAACACCUGUGUGGUUAAUAUUGAAGCUCUAUUGAAAGACCUUAAGGUAAAGAUUUUACAGUCUACAGUCUUUUUUGAGAAAAAUAAGCUGACUUACGAAGGGCUGCCAAUCCUAAUCUUGGUGUUUUUUUAAGUCUCAAAUAUCAAUGUUCAAAUCUUUUCAACACUAUGUUCUUUAGAUUUGAUUUAUAUCUGAGGCCAUUGAUUCAGGCCCCUGCUUGUAAAACCAUGGUAUCUAAAGAAGUGGGCAGUUUUUUCAUGGAUAGUACCUAUUAAAGUGACUUUUUAAAAAAUAUAUAUUUUUAAUCCUCACUGGAGGAGGGGAGAGGGGGAAAGAGAGAGAAACAUCUAUAUGAGAGAGAAACAGAUCAGUUACCUCCUGUACACACCCCGACCAGAGAUUGAACCCGCCCCGACUGGGAACUGACUCUCCAAACAACUGAGCCACCCUGGCCAGGGCUGAAGUGACAUUACUGAUCAUUUUUUCAUAUUCCUGUUUUAAUAUUUCCUUGAACAAAACUUCUUACCACUUAGAAUUUGUAUUGGUUUUGUUCUUUCAAAUUCACACUUGACUAUUAACAAGCCACCAGGUCACCUUCCCUUCUGCUCUCUCUAAAUUAUUGCUCUUAACUUUACCUCAAGCACAUUUUUGUCUUUUUGUUUUCCUCUUUGGAACUCAAAGGCUUGUGUUCCCAUCUUGCCUGAGUCCUCCCUUUCGGUGGCCAGCAGCUGCCAUCCUCCCCUCUCUGUGGGGUGUCAGUCCAGUCUUUCUGCUUCCGACUCUUCUGCAAGUCUGCCAUGAAGUCUGUGCUCUGCGUCAGGCUCUGAAUUCUCUCCUGGCUAAGAAUGUUCACUCCUGAGUGCAAUAGCUUCGUUGCAGCUUUAUAAUAAGUGGUCCCUGGUUUGUUGUAAAUCAUAGCAUCAGUACACAUAAGCUUGAAGUUACCCUUCAGUUCUGUAGACUGGUAGCCGGUCUUUUUCAUGGUACUAAAAUCUAUUGGGUGGUUAAUGAUCAUGAAGUAGCUGGGAGCAAUAAAGUCAGUCACAGGACAUGAAAAGAAAGCACUUGGGUCUUCUAUUUGCAACGGUCUCAUCAAUUGAUUCAAAGAGGUGUGUGUUCUUGUUUGGCGAAGGAGCUUGGGAGGCUUCUCAGGAGGCAAGUCUAAUCCUGCAGGGGUCUGGCCCUGGAGGUCUCUUUCUGCCUCAUUCUCCACAUGAUCCUGAUCUGGCUUCUUUCUGUCUUCCUUCACAUGCUUCUGUGUUUCUCCCUUGAACCUGCUUUUCGUCCUCUUUUUCUGAGUUCUGUCCUUGUGUUCGUCAUGAUCCUUCUCUCAAAGAGGCUUGAGUCGAGCCCCAAGCUGCAGGUGGAGAGCUUGUUGACAUCUUUCCCUCCUACUUGGAGGACCAGCUUCAAGGGCUUCUCGCAUGUUCCUGGUAGAGGCAGGUGUUUGUCAGACCUGUGCUUCUUGCCCAUGUCCCACCAGAACCGUGGUGCCUGUCCCUCGAGCCAGGCGCAGGCCCUGCAGCACCACAUCUGGACAGGGCCAGAUGAGGGAGGGCCCAAGCGGGCCUGAGAGAGAGCUCCAGCCCGAGAGCCUCAUGAUCUUAAUUUUAUAGAGAAGAUCUAUACACACCUGAACACUUAUUCUAGCCCCCCCUCCCUGCCCUUAUUUGUAACUUUCCACCAGUCCCAUUAACCUCAAUGCAUUUACUGACUUGCUCAAACCUCCCUGUAUGUAAUCAAACUUUAGAAAGCAAGGCUUCAUGAGGGAGGAAAGCGAAGGAAAAAGGAGCUAAUUAUUCUUUGAAGAAGACAUGUUCAAACUAGGCUUUUCUGACCUUUACCCAUCUGUGGGAGUGAGAGUGUCCAGGGGUAUUUGGAGGGAACAGUGUUGCUACCCAUCUAAUAUAGUGGUUCUCAAUUUUGAAUUUGACUUUCGGCUUUGGCUGCAUAUUAGAAUCAUCUGGGAAGCAUUUUCAAACAUUUUCUAAUCCACGCUCCAUAUCAGUUAAAUCCAUGGUGAAACCCGUUCAUCAAUCAUUUUUAAGCUCCUUGGUGGUUCCAAUGUGAGUCAAGGUUAAGAAAGAACAAAGUAGAUUUCUACCGUACAAGCAUGUAAUAAUGAUUAGAUCAUUCUUUCAAAUUGUGUUCUUCAAAGGCAGUAUAAAUACAAGAUAGUAUAAAAGUGAAAACUUGUGAAAGGCUCCCAUCUCCAUUUUAAAUUUUAAGGCUUGAAGUAUUUUCUGUUUGGGUAUUUAAUAAGACUUUUGUCUUUGGAAAAUGUAUCCCGCAAAGACCUAAUGUAGAAUCUGGAGCUCUGGCUAAAACGUUUUGCUUUAUUUGAUUUGCCCUCUAGCAAUUCUUCUCAAGUUUUAAUGUUCAUAUUAACCCUUUGCAUAUCUUGUCACAACGUAGAUUCAGCUUUACGAGGUCUGGGAUGAGGUAAUAGGGACUAUUUCUAUAAAGUGAUGUCAAAGUUGCUUGUCUGAGGACCAUAUUUGGUGGCCAGACCACUGAGUCUCUGCCCUAAUAAUUUAGUCAGUGAAUACUACUUUUGGAAGAAUGAGCCUCUUUUUGAAUAUGAUAAAACCUAGGGACUUUCACCAGAAAAAAAAAUGGACAUGUGCAGGUAUAUACCUAAGCAUACUAUUUCAGGGGACUCAUGCAUUUAUUCAAUGAAUACUAGUUAUGAGUACUAAGUAUUGUUGAGUGCUAAUUAUAGAGUGAUGAGCAAGAUAGACAAGAUCUCCACCUCAGAGCUUUGGGGGACAAAACACCACCAAGUAAAUAAAAAAGGCAUGCCACAUGCCACGGUCCCAUGAUGGAGAAAUUGGUUGGAGGAGUGCAGGAAGUGUUCUGGUAAACUGGUCUGUUUGUGGAGACAUCUUGGCCAGAGACCUGAACACCACUCACUGGAGGGAAAGCAUCCCAGGCGAUAAACUGAGAGGUCUGAAGUGGAAACGAGCUCAGCAUUUUCAAAAGACAGAGAGCAGCUGGUAUGGCAGGCACAGAGCAAGUGAGGGAGAGUGACAGGAGGUGACUUCAGGGGCAGAGGCCAGAUCACGCAGAGCCUUGUAGGUUGUGACAAGGAGGCGGCUUCCACCAACCCACUUGCCCAAGCCUAUUUCUAGACCCUAAGGGAGCCACAGUCUCCAUUUCACGAACUCCAGAGGGAGAUGCUCAUUUAGGAAAAAAUGUCUUAUGGGGGUAAAAGACUCAGAGAAUACAUCUGAAAAUACAGAGGACAGAGCCAUCCUCUAGACCCUCAGAUGGGCAGUGUCUCGAGCAUGGCUGCGAGGCACCACUGCUUGCUGAAUUAUUGCAAGUUAAAGUUGCUAUUUGCAAGCAACACUUUACAGAGGCCUCUCUCUAAUCAUCAUCCUGUCUGCCCACCACAGAAUGCUAAGGCAUCCCAGGCCUGCCCGCGAUACUCUCAGUAGGCUUGACAUCUAUCUCUCUACUUCUUCAAAUGGCCAAUAAGGGCUUUGUAUUUGCUGAGUUGUGAGAGCUUGGAUGUGGCUUUGUUCAACAUGUCACUCUGCUUUGGGGAGCCUAUGUACAGUGUGGCAAUCUGGCUUUGCGCAGUCUCCAUUUCUUCAAGUGACUCAAAAGGUAAUUGUCUUUGAACUCUCCUUUGUUGAUGGCUGGCUUGAGACUAAACAGUCUGUAAAACAGCUGCCCCAUCAGAACUAAGAAGAUUUAAUACUUUACUUUUUCCAGAGAUCCUCUUAGAUCCCUAAAUUAGAGGAAGGAAAAUUCACUGGGAUUCUGAUUUCUAAUUCAUUCUUUUUUUGAAGUGAAUCUGAAAAUAAAGAAUUCAAAAUCCCAUUCUAAUUUGAGAGCAGACGUGUGGAAACAGCACUGAACCACAGUCCUACCAGGCAGCCUUUAGAUUGUGUGGUUAAGAAGGCAGCCCUGGCCUUUACUGGCCUCAGGUUUUUCAUCUAUAAUGAAGAUAUUGAAUUAAACAAGCUUCUAAACCAGGGCCAGCUGUAUGAAAGAUCCUCCCCUGAAAAUCACACUGCCACCCUGUCCACACACAAACAAAACAAGGAAAACACACACACACACAAACACACACACACACACACACACACACCAAUCAAUCAAUUUUUAAAAUUCUACUGUAUCGAUAUUUUGCUUUUCCAUUUUCUCCCUUGGAGAAUUAUUUUGUACAAAAUUAAUUUGUAAGUUGAAUGGUUGGCCUUCAUUUUUUGAGGUGACUGCAUUUGGGGGCUGGGUCGGAGAGGCACUGCUCUGAAACCUGGUCAUCCACGAAGUGGGCGGGGCAUCCUGACAGGGACCUCUAGUCCAUAAACCAUGGAGCAGAGCACUUUAUGGGAGAGAUGCCAACCCCAAACACUAUAUAAAACUAGCAACCUACUGUAUGUCUCUGCUAAUAGAAAGUAAACCUGUGGGACUACAGACUCUAUUCUCUCCUAUGUCUCCAGUGUCUACAACAGUGCCUGGCACAAGGUAGGUGCUUAGUAAAUUUGUUGACUAGAUGGAGCCAGGCAUUGUGUUUCAACUUUGGUGGCUUCUAGCAGUGCCACACUUUCCAUAGGAAAGAUGCCCAGGAGCAGGGAAGGGGUGGGAGUGGCAACUCAAACCUCUAGCUUUGCUCCCUUCUUUAGGAUCCAAAAUCCUUGACCAUUUUGAGACUGACUUUCAAAAGUCUCCGAUAAAGUAGGUGGAGAAAAGAUUGUUCCAUUUUUCCAACCCACCCAUCUCUUCCUUUCCCCAUUGGUAGGGUCUGAAUGUGACUCCUGUGCUACAAUCCAUGUCUGCCCCAUGGCAGACACAAUUUCUAAGAAUCCUAUUAUGAAUGACUUCUAAACUCAAGAAUCCUUUCAUUCACCUGUUAUAUAAACCGAGAUAGUCAAUUGGAUUUGGUUAUGACAAAAUCCUUUGGACCAAAGAUGUAGCUCUCACAUUUUCAACAGAUUCCUACAGGGAGCACAUUUUUGCUCAGAGGUUGAAAGAAUAUGAGAAUUGAACUAAAUUUUUUUAAACAGAUUUAAAAUUCUCCCAGUUUUCGCAACAAUGCCCUGCUGAUGCAGUAAACCACAACUAAAGUGGCUUUAAUAAUGAUGGACCAGUUGGAAAUCAUUUGUGUAUAAAAAGAAGACAUAGAAUUUGAGUCUCUUUGGAAAACCAGAUGCGAAGUAACCCCUGGAGCCCAGUAGCUGUUAUGAAAGCAGAGGCACCUUCCCAUUGGCCGGGGGGGAUGUACCCAGAUGUCUGGCUUUCACAUAAAAGGCAGGAACCACUGAAGUCAGUUUCCACUUCCACUCAAAGGGCGAUAGCAUAAGCAGCAAACAAGGCGAUGGCAAGACUGUUGUUACUUUUCCUUCCAGGUCUUGUGGUGGCCGUAGGCACCGUGCAUGGAAUAUUUAUGGACAAACUUGCUUCCAAGAAGCUCUGUGCAGAUGACGAGUGUGUCUAUACGAUUUCUCUGGCCCGAGCCCAAGAAGAUUACAAUGCCCCAGACUGUAGAUUCAUUAACGUUAAAAAAGGGCAGCAGAUAUAUGUUUACUCAAAGCUGGUAAAAGAAAAUGAAGCUGGAGAAUUUUGGGCUGGCAGUGUGUAUGGCGAUGACCAUGAGGACGAGAUGGGAACGGUGGGUUAUUUUCCCAGGAACUUGGUGGAGGAGCAACACGUGUACCAGGAAGCCACCAAGGAAGUCCCGACCACAGAUAUUGACUUUUUCUGCGAGUAAGAAAUUAGACAAAUCUGCAAGUAGAAAGAAAACACCAAAAUUAAGGAAAAAGGCAAACAAACAAGAAACCCCAAAUUCUGUGUCCCUUAAUUUGGACUUUGGUUUCCAGGAUUUGUUACCUUACAGGAGGACUAAGGUUUGGGGCCAGAGGUGGCAGAAAAGGAAGGGCUUCAACUCAGUCUCAUUUUCUAUUGGCUUGGUUUCAGCGCAAGUGGGUGAUUGAAAGCAGAGGAUUACUUGACAACCUUCUCUUACAGGGAGAUGCAUAGAGAAGAUAGUUCAUCCGUAGCUAUUUCUGAAGAGUAAUUCUUCCCCGCUGUUUGGCUCCCUGUAUAAACCUGGUAGAUCACGCAGGUCUUCCCUUGGGACAUGCUGUUUUCUUCCUACAUGACUUUCUGGAAAAUUGGAAUGUUAUAAUUUACCCAAAGGCGCUGUAUCAUCAGGGAAUACUCUAGGAUUGUUGUUACUUUUCAUCUUUGAUGGCUUUGGGAUGUGAAGUUGUUGGUGGGGGGAGAGCUAUUUGGACUCAUAGAUGUUUGAACUAUGCUUUUAAAUUUAUCUUUUUAAAAAGUCUCACAAAUUAUUUCAUCUGAAUAAUUUUACCCUCUAAAUGAUCAAUUGACCCCUCUCCAAAUUUUAAAUAUGUGUGUAUACAGUGGGGGUGGGACAGUUUAUAAAAUAUUUUUAAUGAGAUGGUUUCCCUUUGAUAUGUGCUACCAAUUGGUGUUAUUCAAGCUUCAAGUGGAAAGACACAGAAAAAAAAAAUCUGUAGGUUAUUUUCUCCUUCUGUUUCAACUUGAAUUUCCUCUUCCUGUGCAAAUUCCCCAGUCAAGGACGAUGUGGCAAGAAAAUCUGGUGAGGGACGCAGGUUGGGUAGUUCCAAUUGACACAUAAGUUUUCCUAUAUUUAACUGGAAAUCUGCUUUGGCUUUGUAUUACUAAUGUAAUUCUUUUGAUGUAGUCAUAAAUUUGUGUUGUUUGUCAGUUUACAAUGUUAAUAAAAAUGUCUGUACUAGACUC